AUCAGACCCAGAGAAGCAUUCAAUGAGCAACUUUGAGGAGCUUUGACAGAGAGCCCCUGACAGGUGAAACAAAGCAAAGAAAGGAGCUCACGGAGAACAAUCACAAGAAACUGCAGAAGGGGAGAAUUUCAAGGAAGGCUAUUUAAAAAAAGGUAGAAAUCUAUAACAUUUGCAGUGUUACAGCACUUGUUGUAAACAGUGAAAGCAAGUGAGUAAACUGAGACAGUUUUUGGGACAUUUCUUUCCUAAUUUUUGCCCUCAAAUAAAAAGUCCAAAAAAAGCAGCAUGUCUCUGGAGGUGAAGGAGAAGACCCACGUCCGCCUGGUAUUUCUGGGGGCAGCAGGAGUGGGAAAGACAGCCCUGAUCCAACGCUUCCUCGAAGACACAUUUGAGCCCAAACACAAGCGCACAGUGGAGGAGAUGCACAGUAAGGAGUAUGACAUUGGUGGGGUGAAGAUCUCCGUGGAGAUCCUGGACACCAGUGGCAGCUACUCCUUCCCCGCCAUGCGCAAGCUCUCCAUCCAAAACAGCGACGCCUUCGCACUGGUGUACGCCGUGGACGACCCCGAGUCACUGGAGGCUGUCAAGAUACUCCGAGAUGAGAUUCUGGAGAUCAAGGAGGACAAGUACACACCCAUCGUGGUGGUGGGGAACAAGGUGGACCGGGUGAAGGAGCGUCAGGUGUCCAAUGAGGACGUGCUGUCCACCGUGGAGAUGGAUUGGAACAACAGUUAUCUGGAAGCUUCAGCAAAGGAAAACGCCAAUGUGGUGGAGGUGUUCAAGGAGCUCCUGCAGCAGGCCAACCUCCCCUGCCGCAUCAGCCCCGCGCUGAGAAGACGCCGGGAGACCUUCCCCAAAGACACCAACUUCCGGCCGCCCAUGAACAAAACCAACAGCUGUAUUUUGUCAUAAUGACAGACAGAGGAGAAGUGCCGUUUUGUUUCAUGGAGGGCCAAGAGAUGAGAGCACUAGUCAAAUGCUGCUGGCCAGAGAAAAAGAAUCAAGCUUGGACUUCAGUUGGUGGAGACCAAGGAGACUGAAAUUAGUGAUCUUUGACUGGCAAGGACUUUGUUCAGGGGUCACGAUAAAAAGAGGAAAAGAAACUGAGGAGGCGAACGGUGUGAAGACUGGUCAGACUGCCAGUGGAAAGAUGGAAGCUGUGUUUAUCACUCAGUUCUUUACUCGAUGUAAUGUUGUUGCAGCUUAUUUGGUGACAUGCUGCUGGUGUGUAGAUCAAUGUAUCCCUCAUGGAUUUUGAAUUAAAAUGUUCACUUACAUCAAGGUUUGGACUGUUGCUAACACACUUUUUACAUACUUGUUGUUUAACGUGCAUACGUUGUAUGUCUCAUGUAAAUUGUUUUAAAUUUAGCAAUUCAGUAUAUGUAGCACAUUAUGUUUACAGUUGUUGUAUUCGAUCUCAAUUUGCCAUUGAUAAUAUUAUUUGUUUUUUAAAUGUUGUAAAAUAUAAACGGUUAAUGCACUUCUUAUUUUUAAAUUACCAUUCAAAAGGAUGUUUUAAGGUUUAUUGUUUUUUACCAAGGUAUAUUCUCACAGAUAUUAUUUUUUGCUGUUUAUUUGACAAAUGUAUGUUGAAUGUGGAUCUAAAUGUGCAAUAAAAAGAUAUAAGCACAAAGAAAGUGAAUGUUGUUGUUUGGAAUGUAUAGAUGUGUAGGUUCUAUGGCAUAGGAAAAUAGUUCAGUAUUA